AGGGUCAUCAUUCGCCAAGAACCAGAGGCUGCCUCCAAGUACAUCGCUGAAUAUGUCGUUGAUCGGAUCAAGUCAUUCGCCCCGAGACCUGGGCAGCCAUUCGUCCUAGGCCUACCGACUGGCAGCUCGCCAGUCCUGGUUUACCGCCAUCUCGUCCGCAAGCACAAGGCCGGCGAGAUUUCGUUCAAGAACGUGGUCACCUUCAACAUGGACGAGUAUGUCGGCCUUCCGCCCUCCCAUCCGUCGUCGUACCAUUCGUUCAUGUGGGAGCACCUCUUCUCGCAUGUCGAUAUAUCCCCUUCCAACGUCAACCUCCUCAAUGGGAUGGCGGAGGACUUGGAAGAGGAGUGCGAGCGGUAUGAGGCGAAGAUCCGUGAAUAUGGCGGCAUCGAGCUUUUCUUGGGCGGAAUCGGCCCGGAUGGACACAUUGCUUUUAAUGAGCCGGGGAGUAGUCUCCAGAGCAGAACGAGGGUCAAGACGCUGGCCUACGAUACAGUCCUCGCCAACAAGCGAUUUUUUGGCGAUGACGUCUCGCAGGUGCCGAAUAUGGCGCUGACUGUUGGCGUACAAACCGUCAUGGAUGCGCGAGAAGUUGUCAUCAUAAUCAUCGGAGCGCACAAAGCACUCGCACUACAGAAAUGCAUAGAGGAGGGCACGAACCACAUGUGGACCUUAUCCAGCCUCCAAUUGCAUCCACAUCCGUUGAUCGUGGUGGACGAAGAUGCGACCCUUGAGCUCAAGGUGAAGACCGUCAAGUACUUCAAGUCCAUCGAAACCGUCGCUAAAUCAUGUGGAAUGGGCCAAAAAAUGCCAAAA